UGUGCGUGUCUGUAGGUACAACAGAGCAGACACAGCUCCCCCCUGUGGCAGAUGCCUGUACUAAACAUGUGCCGGAUGCUGGCGAGGGUUAGUGAGCCCUGGCAGGAUGACUGGUACGCAAACAAGUUCCAGCCAGCUUAUGACCAGAGGGUCUCCACUGCUGUGAGUCAAACAUCGCAGGAGCUGUAUGAUCUCCUGACCCUUUGCAGACUCCUCCAGCCCAGAGAGCUUGACCAAGAAUACCUUGAAGUGGACCAGAACAGUGACAGGCCACUGAAACGAAAAUCUCCAUAUAUUCUAAAGAGACAACUGCACAUCAAGAAAGCAAGACAGCCAUAUAUUCUGAAACGAAAUUCAUUUUACUGAUCCCUAUGGCCACUAAAAAAAUAGACACUUUACACUAUGUGAACAUGUUGCUAUUUUCACAGUAGUAAUAUCUAAGUGCUACUAGCUGGUUUAUGUGUUCACUUUGGUUUGCUUUAGCUUAUUGUCACACUAGAGUCUUGUCCCAUAUUCUCUGUAUAUUUCCUUGAAAUAGUAUUAUAUUUGUUCGAUGAUUAUUUCUUUAUAUUUACGACUACAAUGACAUAUAUUGAUGUAAUUAAAUGAUUGUUCAACUACUCAAAACAUGCUCCUGGUUAUUUGACUGAAGUAAUAAUUUCACACAGAUUUCUCUUUCCUGUUUGUUUUUAAUAACUAAAUGCUAUUAGGUUUGCUUAAUGAUUGCAGAUGGAUUGUUGCUAGCUUAUAUAGCAGAGUUUAGUUAAUUUAAUUGCAUCUAGAAGAUGCUACCCAACUUUACCCAAUAUUCAUUCUUCUAAUCAAUGUUAUUGAUGUCCUUG